GCGGGGUCGGGCGGGCAGUGAGGAGCAGCGGCGACGGCGGCGACGGAGGGCGGCUGUGGCUAUGGGGGUGCGCGGAGCGGGCGGCGUGUGGUGGGGCACAGUGAGCUGCACGUUGUUCCUGGCAGUGAAUGGUUUAUAUUCGGCCAGUGAUGAUGUGAUAGAACUGACACCAACCAACUUCAACAAGGAGGUCAUUCAGAGUGAGAGCCUGUGGCUCGUAGAGUUCUACGCCCCAUGGUGUGGUCAUUGUCAAAGACUAACCCCUGAGUGGAAGAAAGCUGCAACAGCAUUAAAAGGUGUAGUGAAAGUAGGUGCAGUAGAUGCAGAUAAGCAUCAGUCCUUGGGUGGACAGUAUGGAGUCAGAGGUUUUCCAACUAUCAAGAUAUUUGGAGCCAACAAAAACAAAGCAGAAGAUUAUCAGGGUGGCAGGACAAGUGAAGCCAUUGUCGAUGCUGCUCUGAGUGCUCUUCGGUCUCUGGUGAAAGACCGUCUCAGUGGCAGAAGUGGAGGAUCUAGUUCUGGGAGACAGAGCCGAGAGAGCGGAGGUGGAGAUAAGAAGGACGUGAUUGAACUGACUGAUGACAGCUUCGAUAAGAAUGUCAUAAAUAGUGACGAUGUGUGGAUGGUGGAGUUCUAUGCACCAUGGUGUGGGCACUGCAAAAAUCUGGAGCCAGAAUGGGCAGCUGCUGCCACUGAGGUGAAGGAACAGACCAAGGGAAAAGUCAAGCUGGCUGCAGUAGAUGCAACAGUCAAUCAGAUGCUGGCAAGCCGAUAUGGGAUCCGUGGUUUUCCCACAAUUAAAAUAUUCCAGAAAGGAGAAGACCCUGUUGAUUAUGAUGGAGGAAGAACUAGGUCUGACAUAAUUGCUCGUGCUCUGGAUCUGUUUUCUGAUAACGCACCACCGCCUGAGCUCCUGGAGAUUAUUAGCGAAGAUGUUCUGAAGACUACCUGCGAUGCUCAUCAGCUCUGCAUCAUUUCUGUCUUGCCUCAUAUUCUUGACACAGGAGCCUCGGGGAGAAAUUCUUACCUGGAUGUCAUGUUAAAAAUGGCUGAGAAAUACAAAAAGAAAAUGUGGGGAUGGCUGUGGACCGAAGCUGGUGCUCAGUCAGAUCUUGAGAGCUCUUUGGGAAUAGGAGGCUUUGGGUAUCCAGCAAUGGCAGCUGUUAAUGCCCGGAAGAUGAAAUUUGCCCUCCUGAAAGGAUCCUUCAGUGAGCAAGGGAUUAAUGAGUUUCUAAGGGAACUGUCUGUUGGUCGUGGUUCUACAGCACCAGUAGGAGGUGGAGCUUUCCCUAAAAUUCAUGCAGUUGAACCUUGGGAUGGCAAAGAUGGUGAGCUUCCAGUUGAAGAUGAUAUUGACCUCAGUGACGUGGAUCUUGAUGAUAUCUGGGAUAAAGAUGAGCUGUGAGAUCUUCAGGAAACUUCUUUUCUUGGGAGAGUUUGCGCAGCAGUUUGCAACCUGGUUCAUGUUCAGAUGGAUUUUCCAGUGGCCUUUUUAUGGAGAAAUAGCACAUGACACACUGUGCUAUUUGAUGCACUGCAGCAGUGAACUGUACGCAACUCAAGAAAACAUUGCAGAAAUUCUAUGAAUUGUCAUAACCAGUAAACUUGAUUGUAUUUCUGUGUAACAAAUAUUUUGAGGACAACAUCAAUUUUUUUUUUUCUUUGAAACAUCUUGGGUUUUAUUUUUUUUGACAGUGUGCUGUUUGAGUGUUACAGAAGGCUGUUAGUGUAACCAAUUUUAAAUGUGUUUUUUUCUUUUCUGUGGAGGUAGAACCUGGUCUUCUGUUUCAAUUAAAUAAAACGGAAUAUUUUUGACA